ACAAUAAAAAAUGAUUGCUAAUUAAGUGAAUUUAACCUAUUAUACAAAAAAAAAUAAUUGUCUUAAAUGUCAUUAUGUUUUCAAUUAUAAACAUUAAAUAUAUUUUAUUGCUAUUUAUUAUAAUUACAUUAUCUGUGGCUACAAUUGGUGGACAAUAUUGUGAUGAAUAUUAUAAUCCUAAUAACAAUGAUGAUGAUUAUUAUCCACACGAUUCACAUUAUUAUAAUGGCUUUAAUGAUGAUAAUAAUGAUGAUUCAAUGAUAGCUGAAUUUCGGGCCACCGACAAUACUGAUCAACUUUUGGAUGACCUACUGGAUCCACAUAAAACACUAAAACAGGCCGAUGAGGCCAUACAUGUGAAUCCCAGUUUGCAAUCACGUGUAAAUGGAUGUACAGAUAAACGGUGUUUCCAGUGUCUGGAUUCGUGUCGUUACCUAAAACAGGCCAAACUAUCCAGCAAUAAGAUGAUCCAAUACAUGUAUCUCAGGUUAUGUUCAAUUGGUUGUAAAUCUGAUCUCCCAUGUUUGGAUGCCCCAAACUAUUGUUUGCCUAUAAUGAAGGAAAAUCCCGAUUAUUUUAUAAGUUGUGUGGAAAGUGCAUGCAAUCCAUUUCAGGUUGUACCAAAAGUAUUUAGAACUGCUGACUAUUGUACAAAAGAAUAA